GAAAGGUGGAGCUGCUCUAAAACUGCUCAUCCGAAUCGCUAGCGCAGCGUUUUGAGGUUGGUUUCUUUUUUGGUUUUCAGUGGGCAUUGGCCGCUGUUGAGCGGUCGACAAAAUGCCGUCGGAACUGCCCUUCAUACGUCGUUGCUGACUUUAGUAGUCUGUUUUAAGUUACUUUAAUCCAUACAUCACACGUACAAAAUGGAGCACAAGCCGUUUCUGUGGAGUAACGACCGGCAGAAAAUACUCAUUGACUUUUUCAAGGAGAACGAAUUUCUGUACAACCCGAUUCAUCCAGACUACAAGAAGAGGAGACUUCGAGACAAGAAGAUUCUCGAACUGUGCAAUACACUCGGGUGUUCAAUGCUGGAAUGCAAGAACAAGUUCCACAAUUUACGUACCUACUUCUUCCGCGAGUAUAACAAGGUUCUCAAGCACAACGGGACGUGCAAUGGAAACGGGGAGGAAACGUACACCUCCAAGUGGGACUUUUACGAAGACAUGAAGUUUCUUAAUGUGUGCUACCUUCCCCGAACCAUGGAGAUGGCGGCCGCAAACGAGAACAACCACGAACCCCCGGCAGAUACAUCUGGCACAGAAAGCAACUGGGAAGUCAACAGCAUUCUGGAGCCAGACUGCCUUAUUGAUGAGUCCACCGAGGUGCUGGAGGCGGAGCAAGACAGCUCGAGCGUCUCGGAACACCGCGCCCAGACGCCCCCGCACAAGCGGAGAAAACAACAGGAGGAGCAGUCUGCGACGUCAGCGACACCGACCCGGAACAGCGCCCUGCUUGACGAGGAGCACUACUUCGGAAUGUAUGUCGCGGCUGCGCUCCGCACGUUUGAUGCCUUGGCCCGUGACACGGCCAAGGUCAAGAUCAUGGACCUAAUCAUGCAUUUAAGGCACAAUGUCGACCCUAAUCAUAGGAAGUAGCGGCCGAGAGGAAACCACACCUUGCCGUUGUGCACUCAUCAUGUUCGCAUACAAAGUAACUGUGGCAGCAAUAAUCGACGUGACGUGAGCGAGUGUUUUGUCGCCUGUUGCUUAGUUCUCACUCGGUGAUGAGCCUCCCGCCAGCACCUUGUUUUCUUUAGCACGUUGAAGUGUGUGUGAACUUGUUUUAACGCAGCAUUAUAGUUGAAAUGUACGAAAAAAUAAGUUGAGGUUAGUUGCGUAAGCGAGCCCUGUUGAUGGAAUGCACGGCCAUGAUCCUAAGAGUCAAGCACACCCAAUGAGGUUGCUCAGUAGCUGUGGUGUUCUGUGCAGCUGAAUUCGAGGUCAUUGGUUCGGUUCUCGCCCGCGUGCCAAUUUUGAAAGAAAUGCAAAAAUCCCGGUGUACAGUGCUUUGAGUGCACGCUUGUGGUCAUAAUUAAACAACAGCACAUCUGUUAACUGUUGUAUUGCUUCGGGAUGUUAAGUCACGUCAUUCAGUCGCGAAUUAAGCACUCUCCCUUGUAAGCGAGCAUUGAAAAACCUAAUAUUUUCAGAAACCUUGCUUCAUGAGGCACGCUUAAAGGAAAAAAAAAAUCAUGGCAUACUGAUCGAAAUUCUAGUCAGCUUGUUCCACAAGGAAACAAGCUGGAACAAGUCAGCUUGUGUGUUUUGUUCCAGCUGCUGUUUUUGAUGGAACAGGGUGAUUUGCGUGCCGUGGUAGAUUGAGGUCUGAUGUGUACUUUCUAAUGUCACACAGCUCUUCAGACUUUGCAUGUGUAUGAUGAUGGCGAAGAAAUGGUGAGAGCUUAAUGCUUCAUUUGCCAGCACUGUGUGUUGUACGGAGUAGUCACAGUUAACACAGAGGUCCUUUGCCACAUACAGAGUAUCAAGUUGUUAAGUUGUCAAGUGUGACAGGUGGGUACGUGGCCAGUGAUUCCUGCAGCAUCAUCUCAUAACAAGGACAUGUACUUAUCAGUAAAGAUUGCAGGCUGGCGCACUGCGCGAUCGCGGUAACAGGAUUAGCCACAUCAAGACUCACAGAAUGCCACAUUUUGCUGGCUGGUCAAUGUGGAUAAUGUAAUUAUAAGUGACUGCACAUUUUAUUAUCAUAAUUUAUUUUAAUCAUUAUACCAAUUGCUACUAUACAGGGUGAUAUUUUAUAAGUUUUGUGGAAUUUUUAAAAAUAGACUGUUGCAGAUAACCUAGCUGGAUUAUCCAGAGAGGUGGACAUUACUUGCAUAAGAAAUCGAAACACAUGUUCAGCUAAUUAUCAGAAAUCCACUAAUUAUCUUUUGAAUUUAUAAUUUAUGGCACAUAUUGCAAUUUACGAAUUGUAGCCGCUGAGUUUGUGAGGCAUAUCCACUUGGAAUGAAUUUCCAGAGUGACACCUGUUUAGAGAGAUGCACCAUCAAACUUGCCCUAAGAUGCAUUGUUCCACUUUUUUUCACCAAGUGCUUUUCUGUGCAUUGAAGCCCAAAAGCAACUGGAAAGCCCAUGUAUUUCGUUCCACACUCUGGGAAAUAAUAUCUCGAAACUGGUGCCAUCCUGGAAAUUCAUUUCAAGUGGAUACGUAUUGCAAGCUCACCGGCUCUACUUCAUAAAUUGCAACAUGUGCUGUAAGGUAAUUAAUUAAGAAGGUAAUUAGUGAAUUUUUGUUCAUUGGUUGAAUAUGUGUUUCGAUUUCUCGUGCUAGUAGUGUUCGCCUCUUCGAAUAAUCCAGCUCAAAGACAAUAAUUAUGCUAUCUGCCACAAGCAAUUAAAAAAGAUUCCAUAAAACAACUUAAAAAUGAUCACCCUAUAUAAGUGGGGCCGAAAAGCGCUAGUUGCACAGGUCAUCACCUACAAUGGGGAACACUUCCUGCCUAACAGUGCUCUAAGAAUGCUGGUGACUAUGGUGACUGGAGGCACCACUGACCAUCUGCUCACUCAUUCCUUACAUCCUAGGGUACUGCACAUUUAUUGUACUUCAUGUUUAAUUGUGCUUCAACUUUUCAUUUUGAUCACACCUAAAGACCACAACUGGUGCCAGUGAAUUUCCUAGAAACAGGCUUGUUGAUUCAAUCUUGGCACAUAGAUUUUUUGAAUUUGAAGGCAACUUAGUGCUGGGAAGGCAUAAGUACAUGAACAGAUUCAUGCAUGAAGGAUUGUUUCUUAUUUUGGAAACCUGCCAAGUGGCACACUUUCUGCAUGCGCGAGGCACCUUGAGGUGCCUGUUUUCUAAUCAACAUGUCAUGAGGGUAACAAGUGUUAAACUUGUUUUCUGUAUCAGGGAACUUCAUGACUUAACAUCGAGCUUCUCCAAUCUGAUUAUGUGGUUAGCUGUCUCCUUUGCCUCAGCGAGAUUGAUCAAACAGAUGCCCAACCAGUCAAAAUAUUUUUGAGCAAUUAGUACCAUAUUCAAUGCAGUGUAUACUAAAAUGAAAUGAAACUAUUUGCUUUUGAGAAAAGGCUAACGGUGCAUGAGAGAAUGUUUCAAUCUUUUGCAAGUUAGUUUGCAAAGUACUCAUUUUCAAAUACAAGAGUAAUCUGCCAUUACAAACUAUUUGACGAAAGCACUAUUCUAUGGCAAUUCUGAGCACACAAGUUUCACCGAUCGAUCAGCCUCAUGCAGUUGCACCAUUGGAAGGAGAAGGCAUUUGAAGAAAAAUGCUGAUCAUAGCAAAGCUUCUGCCACUGCAGGCGUUGCAGGCUUAGAUUCACGUACGAUGCAGUUAGAGACCAAGGAAAUUUGUGCGUGUGCACAUAAGUCGAUCAAAAAAUCACUUAAAACUUAAAACGCAGUGCAUUUGGGCAUAGGAAGAAACGGCCAUACAAUAAAUUAAAAAGCAAAAGUUACAGCAAACACACAACCCUAAUGAAUCAGUUUCUAUAUACAAAUUCAAAGUAAUUAAUGAAUCUGAGAGCUUCUCAGACUAGGUUGCUACUUGAAAGUAACAUAUUCAAAAGAGCGAAAGAGGUAAAUCUUAGUCACAUCGUUGAAGCCAAUUGCAUCCAUACUGAACCAUACCUCUAUGCUCUUCAUUGAUUCUGUUCUUCAUGUAGAGUUCUUAUGGGAUUAUUGAAGAUUUUGUAACAAUCCAGCUUAAUUUUCGUAGCAACAGUAUGGCAGACAUACAGAAUUAUUGCACUUUUUAUAGGCCUUUUCAUUAUUGAUGACUGAGCAUGGUCAUGUUCCGGGAAACUGACUGCUUCACAGACAGAAUAGGUAAAUUUCAAAACUUUUUUCAGCUGAUCACAGUGGGAGAGUCUAAAGUCUUCCAGGUGUGGCAGACUGUAUUAAGAGAUUGCAGUCCCUGCCCAGGUGCCAACUGGAAAUGCAAUUGGGAUGAUCAUGAGCGUGCAUUCUAACACAUGUGUGAGUUUGAUGGUAUUGUUAGAAUGAUUCCAGAGUUAAUUUUAAAGGGUGUGUGUAUGUGCGAUGGCAACAGUAUUGACGUAAGCCAUCAGCAGUCAAGCUUUAGCCAGCGCUAAGGCUGAUAAGGCUGGAAAGUAGGUUUUCGUUGAGCAGGUUAUUACCAUAGGGUGUGCAUCAUAAAAUGUGUAUGCAUUGGAAGCAUGGAGUUACUGCAUUUUGCAUUAGACUGUGCUACAGUGUAUUUUGCUAGAAUUUUUUGUUUAAUUGAGUACAUCUUGCCCUGUGGCAUAUAUAGGUACCUAAUUAAAAGCAUACAUAGAACAUAUAAGUUAUGCUUGACAGGUUCAACUAUCACAGCAAUAUGAGUGUGCUAGGAAAUAAGUAGUAGUGCGAUGCGAUCACUGCACAUUGGCAUUGAUAUUUGUGUAUGUUAUUUCUUAUUGUCCACAGUGUAAACUGAUCAAUGUGUCGAGAAAUCCAGUGUCUGAACAUUAAACACACGCCUAAACAUUAAGAAAUGCAAGUACAAAGUGACAUACCUGUGAAUGUGGUUUCACGGCAUCAUGCAAUGCACUGUCAUGAAGCUACAUGCAAAGGCAACAUUUGCUCCUAAAUUUGCACUGCAAUGGUAUGUGAAAUGCAUCCCACUUUAUUAGCAAGCAUCGGUGUAGAAAUGGUCACAACUAAACAUGCAAAGCAUGCUUGUUUACGGAGCUUUGCUGUCUGCUGACAAUUGUGCUGAGUUGCUUUUGUGAAAAUAUGGCCGUAGUAUUGGAAUAUUUAUGAGGAUUGUUGGCUCACACUGGCUGUAUAUAUAUAUUUUUCUUUUCCAUGGGUUGCAAUUGGGGGUGUAGGUCAUACAUAAGGGUGGGUUCUGUGCGCAACAAAUACGGUAAUGUUUGUCGAAGGUAUAAUGCUUGGAAAUGUUCAUUUAGUGCGAUAUUCUCUCCCUCCCCCAUCUUCCCUCAUUUUGGUGCAAUGAAUGUACAUGAACUCCAAGCCACCACUCAAUUGAUCACAAGAGCUGAUUUUUGGUAAAAUGUUUAAGAGUAAGUACAGUGAUGUACUGGUUUUAGCGCUCGCAAAUUUGAUUGGAGGUCAAUGAAUUGAUGAUGUUAUUUAAUUGUAAGCUUGUGGUGUGGUAUACUGUGACUCUUAAGAUUCUCCCACUUUUUGUGGGAACGCAUGUGUAAGCGUUCAUGUAGGUGAGAGCUAUGGUUUUUUUUGUGGUUGUGAUGUAAAAUAUUGCGUUUCUAGUAGUGCAUUUGUGCAGCAGUUCUGUGCUUCAUGUUGCACUUGGCAAGCUACACUGUCAAUGUUGCAUUACUGGUAUUUGCAAAUACAUUGCGGCUGCUGCUGUAAACUAGUGCAGCAUUUGGUAAAAGAGGGGCAGGAGACCAUAUCUAAACUCUAUAUUUUCUUAUUAUCUACUCGCCUAGCCUGACUGCCCUCUUCUUUUUUUUUUCUCUCUGACACUUCCCCACAACAUUUCAUCAAAACAUGAUCAUUAUGACUGAAGAAAAAGGGAAAUUUUUUUCAGGAAAAGUGUUAUUUUUACCAAUAUAUGUAUACCAGCCCAGUUACAUGAACACACUAGCCACACUCUUAAAAAUUGCACCACCUUUAGGGUGUGAUAUUAUUCAACAACAAUAACCAUAAUCAAUCUUAUGCACAUUUUCAUUCCUUAACACUACAUGCCUGGUACAUUCCUGACGGUACAUUCCUGACGGUACAUUCCUGACGGUGCAUUCCUGACGGUACAUUCCUGUCAGGAAUGCUGUGCAUGUCUAAGCAUCCCAUAACAUUAACAAAGGAAGUGCAGACAAGAUAGAUGGUAAAACUGUAUGGCAGCAUAACACCUUAAAAGGUGUUAUAUGUUACUUCAAGAAAAAAAAUGGCGCAAAAGAGACGAGGACGAAAGGAAAACAGGUACAAUGGAUGUUAGUACACUCUUAAGUGUGCACCUGGAAGGGUGCUCAGCUGUAUUGCACUCUUUAAAAAUAUACGCCUUUGUAUGAAUGCUGUACACCCUAAAUGUAAAGGGGUGUAUAUUUAUGGUUUUGCAUUCAAAAGGGUGUAGGUAAUGUACAGUCAUAAUUGUUUUAUUAUGGUGUAAAGCAUAUAAAUGUGCAUCAUUGAGUUGAACCUGAGUUACGGCCUAUUGCAAUCAUUCAGUCUUGCAUAAGAAUUACAGUUAAUCUGGUAACAGCGGUAACUGAGUGUGGGCUAGUUGCAACUGGUGGUUAUGGAGCUACACAUUGGAGACCUGUAACUGAAGGUCAGAUCACUUGGGAUUAGUGUGCCAGUGUAACUUUGCCCAACUUGUUGCUGGUAUUGUUUGCAGCCACUGAUAUUAGGCUGCAUCAAUCUCAAGGGACUACAUCAUCGUGGUAUUGUGAAGAGGCAUGUUAAAUUGCGAAUCAGUUCAUGCUUGCAAUAGUAGAGCACAGCUUACAGUGGCAGUCGAGGGUGCCAGGCAGCAGUGUAGCUUUGACCGGGUAGUGUACCAGAUAUGUUAAAAUAAGGAAGUCUGCGUUGUGUCCAGGGUUGUGCAUUUUAGAGGAAGGAAACUUCUGGCGUGCUCCAUAGUUGAUGACGAGAAGAAAUUGAAGCUCCAUUCCCCUGGUGUGUCCUGUCUGUUGUAGUGACUUUUACGCACUCACUUGGCACACAACAUGUGUACUUUGCUCAGGUCAGGGUGUCGUUAGUCCUCUAGGAUUGUGAUGUUUAUGUGAGCACUGCCUGGGUUGUAUUCUCAAUCAGUCACUUUUCGUAACAAUUUCUCUUUCGCAUGAUGCAAGAUGUGGUGCACAACCUCAAAUAGUCAUGAGCGUACCUUGAUGCCACAAAGUUUUGGCUGCCAAUCAUGCCACUGCAUCAAACACUGACACGAUGCGGGAGGGAAUAAUGUUGACGAUGAGUGUGCCUGCUAUUACGCUUGUUCUGUUAAAAGAUUUAGGUGCACAUAAAUACAUCGAUAAUGCCUAUACUUCAUUACAUAUCUAUCAAAAGAAACAUGCAAGCAAUGCAGACACUAUUGACAUUUAAAAUGACAGUUCUUUUAGGAUAGAAUGCUUAUGCACUCAGAACUUGACCUUUGAAUUUUUUAUUGCGAUAGCAAUUAUAUGGACACUCCAAGCGCAUUUCUGCAGUCGCCGUGGUAGUGGACGUCGCUGCGAGGUUCCGUAUAAAGUCGAAACAUGGUAACAUCGUCACCGCACGCUGUUUGCAGUAUGUGCGAGGGAAAGCUUGCGAGGGUCAGUCGACCAUCGCGGGUAUAUCUCGCGAUGGUCGACAUUCCUUAGCAUGGCCUCAAAGAUUAGGUGCCACCUGCAGCUGCCUGCGGCGCGCUGGAAAAUCUUGGAGGCAAUGUGCUGGGACUUUCUUCGUAUCCACUAAGCACCAGGUACACUCAUCGUCUGCUUAGGGGCUAUUUAAAGGUUGGCACUAAGAAAAUUAAACAAUUACCAGCCCUGCAGUUUGCCAAUAUUGUUUCAGUAGAAUAUACUAAUCAUUUUAUAAUCAACUUAGUGUAAGUGGAAUUUCGUUGCUGUGGGCCCUUUGAAAGAUUCAUCAUACCUUGUACCGUGUUCUUUGUUGACUACAUUCCGGAAUGGUAUGUUCAUGUUCAUGGCAUGUUCAUGUUGCCUUGCUAAACUAGCAGCACAGUGAUAGGACGUGCAGCGGAAAAAUUGUGGCAUCACUGAGUACUCAUUGUUACUGAGGCUGUUGCACUGAAUGCUACGUCUACUAAAAGGGAAAAAUUCAAAAUGUAGCUCCAGAUUCUACCAGGAGUGCUGUGUCGUCCAAAGCUGAGCACUCCACAAAAAAUAUGUGUGUGAAAUCCUCUUUUGGGAGUUGCACUAUUAUACUUUUCAUUUUGUUUUGUUAAUGAGUUGUGUUGUUAGCUUACUUUUCCUGGUAUUUAAAAAAAAUGAACAAUGAGGUUUUUCUUUGAAACCAUUUUUGUUGCUCGGAUGUAAGCUCGAAGGCUUUGAAUUUAAGACUACAAUUAAUCCUUGUUUUUCUUGCGAUGUCCUUUUUAAUGUAUGCACCAGAAGCAUGUGUUUCUUGGAACAUCAAAGCUGUGGCCAAGGUCUUACAUGGCGUGCUCUUGCCUAUGUAUGCCUUAGUUGCUGAAAACUGUUUCUGUCAUCAUUAUCUUGUGAUUAGAACAACUAUUUAUUAACAGAAGUCUGCACUGCACCAUUUCUCUGAAAAUUUAUAUUCAUGGUCUACCUCAAUAUGGUAAGCCCCUUUUUUAUUUUAUGUGAUGACGCUAUGGUGAUAUGAUGCAGCUGCAUAAUUUUUCAGGUCACAGGACAUGUUGUGCCAUGGUGACAUAAAAAAAAUUGAAACUGCCUUUUUCUCACGUGUUGUUAACCCUGCACGUUUCUUAUUGUGAUAUUUUUUCGUGCAACCAAUACUCCCAAGAGUUUGCUUUUUGAACUCUUGUUUUUACCUGCAAUAUUUAUUGACAUUCCCUCAUUCAUCAGACACAUCUUGACUGAUUGAAGUGUUUUGAAGUCAUUCUUUAUGUUUUUUAUCUCAUUGUGUGUGACUGGAACGUGUGUUGCAAAUGGCAUACAUGGGCUGUUCUUUCUUUUUUUUACUGUUGUGUUUCUGUGUUGGUAAUGUCUAUAGGAUUUUUUUUUUGUGUGGUGUGAGCAUAUCUGUGCAUGUCUCUCAUUAGAGGACGUCCUUCAUAGGUGAAAUAAAGCAGAUGUGUCAAUUCUUUGAA